UCUUCCAACAUGUAACAUAGUAGCUUAACAAAGAAAAAAAAAUCCCACAUAAAAAGAGAUACCAUUUUUUAAAGGAUGGAACUAGAAUCUUCUCCUUUACAUCCUCAUGUAAUGCUUGUAUCGUUCCCGGGACAAGGCCACGUUAAUCCACUUCUUCGUCUCGGUAAGCUCUUAGCUUCAAAGGGUUUACUCGUUACUUUCGUCACCACAGAAUCAUGGGGCAAAAAGAUGCGAACCUCCAACAAAAUCCAAGACCGCAUCCUCAAGCCGAUUGGUAAAGGUUAUCUCCGGUUCGAUUUCUUCGACGACGGUCUCCCCGAAGACGACGACGUAAGAAGACACGAUUUCACCAUCUACCGACCACACCUCGAGCUGGUCGGACAACGAGAGAUCAAAAACCUCGUAAAACGUUACGAGGAAGUGACGAAACAGCCCGUGACGUGUCUCAUCAACAACCCUUUCGUCUCAUGGGUCUGUGACGUAGCGGAAGAUUUUCAAAUCCCUUGUGCUGUUCUCUGGGUCCAGUCUUGCGCUUGCUUAGCGUCGUAUUACUAUUACCACCACAAGCUUGUUAACUUCCCGACCAAAACAGACCCCGAGAUCGAUGUCCAAAUCCCUGGCAUGCCUCUCUUAAAACACGACGAGAUCCCUUCUUUCAUACACCCUUUAACUCCUUAUUCCGCUUUGCGAGAAGUGAUCAUUGAUCAGAUCAAACGUCUUCACAAGCCUUUCGCUGUUCUCGUCGACAGUUUCUACUCCUUGGAGAAAGGCAUCAUCGACCAAAUGUCAAGUCUCUCUCUCCCCGGCUCUAUCAAACCGCUCGGCCCGCUUUAUAAAAUGGCCAAAACGUUAAUAUGUGAUGACAUUAAAGGAGAUAUGUCCGAGACCACGGACCAUUGUAUGGAAUGGCUAGACUCACAGCCUAUUUCCUCCGUUGUUUACAUCUCAUUCGGAACCGUCGCUUAUAUAAAACAAGAGCAGAUCAAUGAGAUUGCGUUCGGUGUGAUAAACGCUGGCGUUUCGUUCUUGUGGGUGAUUAGACAACAAGAGUUAGGAAUAAACAAAGAGCGACAUGUUUUGCCUGAAGAAGUGAAGAAGAAAGGAAAGAUCGUGGAGUGGUGUCAGCAAGAGAAAGUUUUAGCUCAUCCUUCUGUGGUUUGUUUCGUGACUCAUUGUGGAUGGAACUCCACGAUGGAAGCUUUGUCUAGUGGUGUCCCAACGGUUUGUUUGCCUCAGUGGGGAGAUCAAGUCACGGACGCGGUUUACAUGAUAGACGUUACAAAGACGGGAGUGAGACUCGGCCGUGGAGAGACAGAGGAGAGGGUGGUGCCAAGGGAGGAAGUGGCCGAGAGGCUGAGAGAAGUUGCUAAAGGAGAGAAGGCGACGGAGCUGAAAAAGAAUGCUUUGAAAUGGAAGGAGGAGGCGGAAGCGGCGGUGGCUCGCGGUGGUUCGUCGGAUCGGAAUCUUGAAGAGUUUGUGGAAAAGUUGGGUGCGAAACCUGUGGCUAAACAAAACGGAAGUCUUAAUCAAAACGGAACUGUUCAAGAUCUUUUAUUGGAAAAGUCAUAAAUGUAAUUUGUUUUUCUAUUUGUUGGUUGUUUCUGUCAGUCCUUAAUCGUGUUCGUACGUAUGCUCCUCGUCGUUCUUUGUAUUUUGUUUUCUUGUAAGGGUCUAAGGGAGACUUAUUAUCCUUCUGGAAGAAUGUUUAGUUCGCGUAUUAUGUUAUAUUAUGAUUAAUUCUCU